AAGAGAAUGGCGAUAUUUUUGCACCACGAGGGAAUAUCACAUCGGCCGGAUGGGAUGAUCUGAUUGUACCGCAGGAAUCGGCUCCGAAUGGCAUCAAUAUGCCCUUGCCAAGACAGCUGUACCUCGAUUCGUUGGAGAAAUUGGAGGAUUCGGAUCGAACAUCGAAAUUAUGUCGCCAUGAAGAAUCUGUUGAUCUGAUCGAUUUUUGCGAUGAGAAUGAGUAUGAUGUGUUAUCAAACGGUAAUUAUUUUUUUUCUGAAGUGCGUUUUAGGAAGUCUCAUUAA